AUGGAAGAAGUUCUUACAUUCUUUCAAGAAAAUGCUAAUGUUAAGGUUCAUCCUGCUGUUCAUUUAAAGUUGGAUAACGGAGCUGAUGGUCGUAAAGGCUACGGAUUAAAUAUUAAUCUACAAAAAGUCCAGGGUUUAUCACAUAAAAAUGACGACCUGAUAUUAUUAAGGAUCCCUCAUAACUCAACAUUUAAUAUUGAGACCACUUUACGGUUAGUGAGGGAUUCAUCUCAAUUCACAUCAACUAAAGCUUUCGAAAAGACAGACAAAAUCCGUCAAGAAAUGUUUAAGAAAUUCAAAGAAGAGUUAGUAAGGAAAAGUUUUCAGUAUUCUGAAACGAUUUUUAUGACAUUUUAUUUUAUUCUAUUUGAUUGCCUUAAAACAAUGUACGAUCUUCCCAAAAUUUUAACAUAUUAUUUGAAUACGGUAUUAUUACCUACAAGAAUUAAUAAUAUUUCCUUAUUUGACAAAUAUUUAUUAAGUACUUAUUAUCAAUAUUCUAUACCAACUGUCACUGAAGAAACUAUUGAAAAACUAUAUUCCUUUUUCGCGGACAAUUUUCCUAAUCAAAUCGUUUCAAUGGGAAGCAUUCGACAAAUAUAUGGAGCUAUAAUAUCAAGGUGUUUGGAAAUUCCUCAAGAAAUCAAUCGUGAAUUAGAUGAUUGUACCGUCAUGACAACAUUAGUACCUAUCUUAGAUUUUGUUAAUCAUGAUAUAAAUUUGAAAAAUGCCCAUUACGAUAUUGAUCGGGAGACAAACGACGUCAUCUUAAUAUUAGAAAGAAGUGCCUUAGAGAAGUAUAAACGAACCAAUGUACGAGACAUCGAAAUAUUUAUUGAUUAUGGCCAAACCGAAAAUGUGCUACCAUUCGCACUUACUUACGGCUUUUUCCCAUCCUUGAAAACAUCACAAUAUGAAGUAUGGAACAUCUCUUUCGAUCGUGAUUUUCUGAAGAAUAGCAAGGGAUCCCUACAAAAUGGCAAUCUUCGCCUUUUCUACAAAUGGUUUGGAAUUAAUCCGGUUAUUCAACUAGUGCGAAUAAAGGAAAAAUCAGUCUAUUCUCAAUGGUAUAUUAAUGAUUCAUCACAUAACUUUAUUGAUUUAUUACUACCUUUCCUCCCUUCCUUCGAAGGUAAUUCAGGCUCUUGUUGGAAAUAUGACCCGGAAACAGAUAGCACUUUCACCUACUUUUGUUGCCAUAAUGAUACAUCAAAAGUCAAAAGUAAUUCAGAAGAGGACUCAAUAGUAACGGCUUUCAAGAAAGCUAUCGAGAACAAAGAACAAGAUGGGAAUGAUAUAAUGAACAUGCCUCCAUUAGCAUGGUCUUUUUCAUUCUACUCUAAGGAUCAUAAUAAGAUAUGCCAAGAGGUAGUCUCUAAAAAUGAAGCCAUUGGUAUUUUACAGGACUGUUUAGAGGAUGAUAUGUACCUUCAGGCAAUAUCAAGUUUUCUAAAUUUUUUGAAAGAUUAUAUAAUAUGGAGGAUUGGAAAAUUAGAGGAAGGUAUCUUGGCUCAAAAUUCGAUUCCUGGGGCCGAGUCAGUUUCAUUCCAGUUACACAAUUACGAAUUGUCUAUUUUAAGAGAAACGCAGUUUGCACUCAGCUCAAAUUCCGAGAACUUUACUAGUGAUUGUAACAUCGAACUGACUGGAGCGAUAGACAGAUACCCUCCUCCUUUAAAGUCUUCCCCCCACUGA